AUGGAGAAGCUCGAGAAACCCGGAGAGCAGACUCAAGCCGCCACCGUUGAGGUUGAGCAAGAGGAAAAGCUCGAGAAACCCGAAGAUCUGACUCAGGCUGCCACAGUUGAAGUCAAAGAAAUGGAGAAAGUUCGAGAAACCCGAAGAUCUGACUCAAGCUGCCACAGUUGAAGUCAAAGAAGUGGAGAAGCUCGAAAAACCCGAAGAGCAGACUCAAGCUGCCACAGUUGAGGUCAAGCAAGACGAAAAAGCUUGAGAAACCCGAAGAUCUGACUCAAGCUGCCACAGUUGAAGUCAAAGAAGUGGAGAAGCUCGAAAAACCCGAAGAGCAGACUCAAGCUGCCACAGUUGAGGUCAAGCAAGACGAAAAGCUCGAGAAACCCGAAGAUCUGACUCAAGCUGCCACAGUUGAAGUCAAAGAAGUGGAGAAGCUCGAGAAACCCGCAGAGCAGACUCAAGCCGCCACAGUUGAGGUUGAGCAAGAGGAAAAAGCUCGAGAAACCCGAAGAUCUGACUCAAGCUGCCACAGUUGAAGUCAAGCAAGAGGAAAAAGCUCGAGAAACCCGCAGAGCAGACUCAAGCCGCCACAGUUGAGGUUGAGCAAGAGGAAAAAGCUCGAGAAACCCGAAGAUCUGACUCAAGCUGCCACAGUGGAAGUCAGGGGGGUAGAGAAACCUGGUGAAGCCGAACAAACGCUGACCGUUGAACUUUUCUUCAGCAGACAACAAAGCACAGCCGGACUCGAGAUCGACCUGGUCGUCGACACUUUCGAGAGCGAAGAGAAAUCAUUGAAGAGUGCGCGCAAGGAUGUUUCGAUAACAGAGAAGAACGAGCGAGUUGUCGAACUGGUCGAAGAUGAGACUCAAGCCGCCACAGUUGAGGUUAAGCAGGAGGAAAAGCUCGAGAAACCCGAAGAUCUGACUCAAGCUGCCACAGUUGAAGUCAAAGAAAUGGAGAAGUCUCGAGAAAACCCGAAGAGCAGACUCAAGCCGCCACAGUUGAGGUUGAGCAAGAGGAAAAAGCUCGAGAAACCCGAAGAUCUGAUUCAGGCUGCCACAGUUGAAGUCAAAGAAAUGGAGAAGUUCGAGAAACCCGAAGAUCUGACUCAAGCUGCCACAGUUGAAGUCAAAGAAGUGGAGAAGCUCGAAAAAACCCGAAGAGCAGACUCAAGCUGCCACAGUUGAGGUCAAGCAAGACGAAAAAAGCUUGAGAAACCCUGAAGAUCUGACUCAAGCUGCCACAGUUGAAGUCAAAGAAGUGGAGAAGCUCGAAAAACCCGAAGAGCAGACUCAAGCUGCCACAGUUGAGGUCAAGCAAGACGAAAAAGCCUGAGAAACCCGAAGAUCUGACUCAGCUGCCACAGUUGAAGUCAAAGAAGUGGAGAAGCUCGAGAAACCCGCAGAGCAGACUCAAGCCGCCACAGUUGAGGUUGAGCAAGAGGAAAAGCUCGAGAAACCCGAAGAUCUGACUCAAGCUGCCACAGUUGAAGUCAAGCAAGAGGAAAAGCUCGAGAAACCCGCAGAGCAGACUCAAGCCGCCACAGUUGAGGUUGAGCAAGAGGAAAAGCUCGAGAAAACCCGAAGAUCUGACUCAAGCUGCCACAGUGGAAGUCAGGGGGUAGAGAAACCUGGUGAAGCCGAACAAACGCUGACCGUUGAACUUUUCUUCAGCAGACAACAAAGCACAGCCGGACUCGAGAUCGACCUGGUCGUCGACACUUUCGAGAGCGAAGAGAAAUCAUUGAAGAGUGCGCGCAAGGAUGUUUCGAUAACAGAGAAGAACGAGCGAGUUGUCGAACUGGUCGAAGAUGAGACUCAAGCCGCCACAGUUGAGGUUAAGCAGGAGGAAAAGCUCGAGAAACCCGAAGAUCUGACUCAAGCUGCCACAGUUAAGGUCAAGCAAGAGGAAAAGCUCGAGAAACCCGAAGAGCAGACUCAAGCUGCCACAGUUAAGGUCAAGCAAGACGAAAAGCUUGAGAAACCCGAAGAUCUGACUCAAGCUGCCACAGUUGAGGUCAAGCAAGAGGAAAAGCUCGAGAAACCCGAAGAUCUGACUCAGGCUGCCACAGUUGAAGUCAAAGAAGUGGAGAAGCUCGAGAAACCCGAAGAUCUGACUCAAGCUGCCACAGUGGAAGUCAGGGGGGUAGAGAAACCUGGUGAAGCCGAACAAACGCUGACCGUUGAACUUUUCUUCAGCAGACAACAAAGCACAGCCGGACUCGAGAUCGACCUGGUCGUCGACACUUUCGAGAGCGAAGAGAAAUCAUUGAAGAGUGCGCGCAAGGAUGUUUCGAUAACAGAGAAGAACGAGCGAGUUGUCGAACUGGUCGAAGAUGAGACUCAAGCCGCCACAGUUGAGGUUAAGCAGGAGGAAAAGCUCGAGAAACCCGAAGAUCUGACUCAAGCUGCCACAGUUGAAGUCAAAGAAAUGGAGAAGUUCGAGAAACCCGAAGAGCAGACUCAAGCCGCCACAGUUGAGGUUGAGCAAGAGGAAAAGCUCGAGAAACCCGAAGAUCUGAUUCAGGCUGCCACAGUUGAAGUCAAAGAAAUGGAGAAGUUCGAGAAACCCGAAGAUCUGACUCAAGCUGCCACAGUUGAAGUCAAAGAAGUGGAGAAGCUCGAAAAACCCGAAGAGCAGACUCAAGCUGCCACAGUUGAGGUCAAGCAAGACGAAAAGCUUGAGAAACCCGAAGAUCUGACUCAAGCUGCCACAGUUGAAGUCAAAGAAGUGGAGAAGCUCGAAAAACCCGAAGAGCAGACUCAAGCUGCCACAGUUGAGGUCAAGCAAGACGAAAAGCUCGAGAAACCCGAAGAUCUGACUCAAGCUGCCACAGUUGAAGUCAAAGAAGUGGAGAAGCUCGAGAAACCCGCAGAGCAGACUCAAGCCGCCACAGUUGAGGUUGAGCAAGAGGAAAAGCUCGAGAAACCCGAAGAUCUGACUCAAGCUGCCACAGUUGAAGUCAAGCAAGAGGAAAAGCUCGAGAAACCCGCAGAGCAGACUCAAGCCGCCACAGUUGAGGUUGAGCAAGAGGAAAAACUCGAGAAACCCGAAGAUCUGACUCAAGCUGCCACAGUGGAAGUCAGGGGGGUAGAGAAACCUGGUGAAGCCGAACAAACGCUGACCGUUGAACUUUUCUUCAGCAGACAACAAAGCACAGCCGGACUCGAGAUCGACCUGGUCGUCGACACUUUCGAGAGCGAAGAGAAAUCAUUGAAGAGUGCGCGCAAGGAUGUUUCGAUAACAGAGAAGAACGAGCGAGUUGUCGAACUGGUCGAAGAUGAGACUCAAGCCGCCACAGUUGAGGUUAAGCAGGAGGAAAAGCUCGAGAAACCCGAAGAUCUGACUCAAGCUGCCACAGUUAAGGUCAAGCAAGAGGAAAAGCUCGAGAAACCCGAAGAGCAGACUCAAGCUGCCACAGUUAAGGUCAAGCAAGACGAAAAGCUUGAGAAACCCGAAGAUCUGACUCAAGCUGCCACAGUUGAGGUCAAGCAAGAGGAAAAGCUCGAGAAACCCGAAGAUCUGACUCAAGCUGCCACAGUUGAAGUCAAAGAAGUGGAGAAGCUCGAGAAACCCGAAGAUCUGACUCAAGCUGCCACAGUGGAGGUCAGGAGGGUAGAGAAACCUGGUGAAGCCGAACAAACGCUGACCGUUGAACUUUUCUUCAGCAGACAACAAAGCACAGCCGGACUCGACAUCGACCUGGUCGUCGACACUUUCGAGAGCGAAGAGAAAUCAUUGAAGAGUGCGCGCAAGGAUGUUUCGAUAACAGAGAAGAACGAGCGAGUAGUCGAACUGGUCGAAGAUAAGACUCAAGCUGCCACAGUUGAGGUCAAGCAAGAGGAAAAGCUUGAGAAACCCGAAAAUCUGAUUCAAGCUGCCACAGUUGAGGUCAAGCAAGAGGAAAAGCUCGAGAAACCCGAAGAUCUGACUCAAGCUGCCACAGUUGAAGUCAAAGAAGUGGAGAAGCUCGAAAAACCCGAAGAUCUGACUCAAGCUGCCACAGUUGAAGUCAAAGAAGUGGAGAAGCUCGAGAAACCCGAAGAUCUGACUCAAGCUGCCACAGUUGAGGUCAAGCAAGACGAAAAGCUUGAGAAACCCGAAAAUCUGAUUCAAGCUGCCACAGUUGAGGUCAAGCAAGAGGAAAAGCUUGAGAAACCCGAAAAUCUGACUCAAGCUGCCACAGUUGAGGUCAAGCAAGAGGAAAAGCUUGAGAAACCCGAAGAUCUGACUCAAGCUGCCACAGUGGAGGUCAGGGGGGUAGAGAAACCUUGUGAAGCCGAACAUACGCUGACCGUUGAACUUUUCUUCAGCAGACAACAAAGCACAGCCGGACUCGAGAUCGACCUGGUCGUCGACACUUUCGAGAGCGAAGAGAAAUCAUUGGAGAGUGCGCGCAAGGAUGUUUCGAUAACAGAGAAGAACGAGCGAGUAGUCGAACUGGUCGAAGAUGAGACUCAAGCUGCCACAGUUGAGGUCAAGCAAGAGGAAAAGCUCGAGAAACCCGAAGAUCUGACUCAAGCUGCCACAGUUGAAGUCAAAGAAGUGGAGAAGCUCGAGAAACCCGAAGAGCAGACUCAAGCUGCCACAGUUAAGGUCAAGCAAGAGGAAAAGCUCGAGAAACCCGAAGAUCUGACUCAAGCUGCCACAGUUGAAGUCAAAGAAGUGGAGAAGCUCGAGAAACCCGAAGAGCAGACUCAAGCUGCCACAGUUGAGGUUGAGCAAGAGGAAAAACUCGAGAAACCCGAAGAUCUGACUCAAGCUGCCACAGUUGAAGUCAAAGAAGUGGAGAAGCUCGAGAAACCCGAAGAGCAGACUCAAGCUGCCACAGUGGAGGUCAGGGGGGUAGAGAAACCUGGUGAAACCGAACAAACGCUGACCGUUGAACUUUUCUUCAGCAGACAACAAAGCACAGCCGGACUCGAGAUCGACCUGGUCGUCGACACUUUCGAGAGCGAAGAGAAAUCAUUGAAGAGUGCGCGCAAGGAUGUUUCGAUAACAGAGAAGAACGAGCGAGUAGUCGAACUGGUCGAAGAUGAGACUCAAGCUGCCACAGUUGAGGUCAAGCAAGAGGAAAACCUCGAGAAACCCGAAGAUCUGACUCAAGCUGCCACAGUUAAGGUCAAGCAAGAGGAAAAGCUCGAGAAACCCGAAGAUCUGACUCAAGCUGCCACAGUUGAAGUCAAAGAAGUGGAGAAGCUCGAGAAACCCGAAGAGCAGACUCAAGCUGCCACAGUGGAGGUCAGGGGGUAGAGGAAACCUGGUGAAGCCGAACAAACGCUGACCGUUGAACUUUUCUUCAGCAGACAACAAAGCACAGCCGGACUCGAGAUCGACCUGGUCGUCGACACUUUCGAGAGCGAAGAGAAAUCAUUGAAGAGUGCGCGCAAGGAUGUUUCAAUAACAGAGAAGAACGAGCGAGUAGUCGAACUGGUCGAAGAUGAGACUCAAGCUGCCACAGUUGAGGUCAAGCAAGACGAAAAGCUCGAAAAACCCGAAGAUCUGACUCAAGCUGCCACAGUGGAGGUCAAGGGGGAAGAAAAACCUAGUGAAGCCGAACAAACGCUGACCGUUGAACUUUUCUUCAGCAGACAACAAAGCACAGCCGGACUCGAGAUCGACCUGGUCGUCGACACUUUCGAGAGCGAAGAGAAAUCAUUGAAGAGUGCGCGCAAGGAUGUUUCGAUAACAGAGAAGAACGAGCGAGUAGUCGAACUGGUCGAAGAUGAGACUCAAGCUGCCACAGUUGAGGUCAAGCAAGACGAAAAGCUCGAGAAACCCGAAGAUCUGACUCAAGCUGCCACAGUGGAGGUCAAGGGGGAAGAAAAAAACCUAGUGAAGCCGAACAAACGCUGACCGUUGAACUUUUCUUCAGCAGACAACAAAGCACAGCCGGACUCGAGAUCGACCUGGUCGUCGACACUUUCGAGAGCGAAGAGAAAUCAUUGAAGAGUGCGCGCAAGGAUGUUUCGAUAACAGAGAAGAACGAGCGAGUAGUCGAACUGGUCGAAGAUGAGACUCAAGCUGCCACAGUUGAGGUCAAGCAAGACGAAAAGCUUGUGAAACCCAAAGAUCUGACUCAAGCUGCCACAGUUGAGGUCAAGCAAGACGAAAAGCUUGAGAAACCCGAAGAUCUGACUCAAGCUGCCACAGUUGAGGUCAAGCAAGACGAAAACCUCGAGAAACCCGAAGAUCUGACUCAAGCUGCCACAGUUAAGGUCAAGCAAGAGGAAAAGCUCGAGAAACCCGAAGAUCUGACUCAAGCUGCCACAGUUAAGGUCAAGCAAGAGGAAAAGCUCGAGAAACCCGAAGAUCUGACUCAAGCUGCCACAGUUGAAGUCAAAGAAAUGGAGAAGCUCGAGAAACCCGAAGAGCAGACUCAAGCUGCCACAGUUGAAAUCAAAGAAGUGGAGAAGCUCGAGAAACCCGAAGAGCAGACUCAAGCUGCCACAGUUGAAGUCAAAGAAGUGGAGAAGCUCGAGAAACCCGAAGAUCUGACUCAAGCUGCUACAGUUGAGGUCAAGCAAGACGAAAAGCUUGUGAAACCCAAAGAUCUGACUCAAGCUGCCACAAUUGAGGUCAAGCAAGACGAAAAGCUUGAGAAACCCGAAGAUCUGACUCAAGCUGCCACAGUUGAGGUCAAGCAAAAGGAAAAGCUCGAGAAACCCGAAGAUCUGACUCAAGCUGCCACAGUUGAAGUCAAAGAAAUGGAGAAGCUCGAGAAACCCGAAGAGCAGACCCAAGCUGCCACAGUUGAGGUCAAGCAAGACGAAAAGCUUGAGAAACCCGAAGAUCUGACUCAAGCUGCUACAGUUGAGGUCAAGCAAGAGGAAAAGCUCGAGAAACCCGAAGAUCUGACUCAAGCUGCCACAGUUGAGGUCAAGCAAGACGAAAAGCUCGAGAAACCCGAAGAUCUGACUCAAGCUGCCACAGUGGAGGUCAGGGGGGUAGAGAAACCUGGUGAAGCCGAACAAACGCUGACCGUUGAACUUUUCUUCAGCAGACAACAAAGCACAGCCGGACUCGAGAUCGACCUGGUCGUCGACACUUUCGAGAGCGAAGAGAAAUCAUUGAAGAGUGCGCGCAAUGAUGUUUCGAUAACAGAGAAGAACGAGCGAGUAGUCGAACUGGUCGAAGAUGAGACUCAAGCUGCCACAGUUGAGGUCAAGCAAGAGGAAAAGCUCGAGAAACCCGAAGAUCUGACUCAAGCUGUCACAGUUGAGGUUGAGCAAGAGGAAAAGCUCGAGAAACCCGAAGAUCUGACUCAAGCUGCCACAGUUGAAGUCAAAGAAGUGGAGAAGCUCGAGAAACCCGAAGAGCAGACUCAAGCUGCCACAGUGGAGGUCAGGGGGGUAGAGGAACCUGGUGAAGCCGAACAAACGCUGACCGUUGAACUUUUCUUCAGCAGACAACAAAGCACAGCCGGACUCGAGAUCGACCUGGUCGUCGACACUUUCGAGAGCGAAGAGAAAUCAUUGAAGAGUGCGCGCAAGGAUGUUUCAAUAACAGAGAAGAACGAGCGAGUAGUCGAACUGGUCGAAGAUGAGACUCAAGCUGCCACAGUUGAGGUCAAGCAAGACGAAAAGCUCGAAAAACCCGAAGAUCUGACUCAAGCUGCCACAGUGGAGGUCAAGGGGGAAGAAAAAAACCUAGUGAAGCCGAACAAACGCUGACCGUUGAACUUUUUCUUCAGCAGACAACAAAGCACAGCCGGACUCGAGAUCGACCUGGUCGUCGACACUUUCGAGAGCGAAGAGAAAUCAUUGAAGAGUGCGCGCAAGGAUGUUUCGAUAACAGAGAAGAACGAGCGAGUAGUCGAACUGGUCGAAGAUGAGACUCAAGCUGCCACAGUUGAGGUCAAGCAAGACGAAAAGCUCGAGAAACCCGAAGAUCUGACUCAAGCUGCCACAGUGGAGGUCAAGCAAGACGAAAACCUCGAGAAACCCGAAGAUCUGACUCAAGCUGCCACAGUUAAGGUCAAGCAAGAGGAAAAGCUCGAGAAACCCGAAGAUCUGACUCAAGCUGCCACAGUUAAGGUCAAGCAAGAGGAAAAGCUCGAGAAACCCGAAGAUCUGACUCAAGCUGCCACAGUUGAAGUCAAAGAAAUGGAGAAGCUCGAGAAACCCGAAGAGCAGACUCAAGCUGCCACAGUUGAAAUCAAAGAAGUGGAGAAGCUCGAGAAACCCGAAGAGCAGACUCAAGCUGCCACAGUUGAAGUCAAAGAAGUGGAGAAGCUCGAGAAACCCGAAGAGCAGACUCAAGCUGCCACAGUUGAGGUCAAGCAAGAGGAAAAGCUCGAGAAACCCGAAGAUCUGACUCAAGCUGCUACAGUUGAGGUCAAGCAAGACGAAAAGCUUGAGAAACCCGAAGAUCUGACUCAAGCUGCCACAGUUGAGGUCAAGCAAAAGGCAAAGCUCGAGAAACCCGAAGACAAGAAGGCUGAACAGAAGGAGGUGAAACCUGAAGUAGCUCCGAAGGACGUCAAGCCGAAAGAAGCCGAGCCCGAGAAACCCAAAGACAGGAAGGCGGAACAGAAGGAAGACAAACCUGAAGUAGCUCCGAAGGACGUCAAGCCGAAAGAAGUCGAGCCCGAGAAACCCAAAGACAAGAAGGCUGAACAGAAGGAGGUGAAACCUGAAGUAGCUCCGAAGGACGUCAAGCCGAAAGAAGCCGAGCCCGAGAAACCCAAAGACAAGAAGGCGGAACAGAAGGAAGACAAACCUGAAGUAGCUCCGAAGGACGUCAAGCCGAAAGAAGCCGAGCCCGAGAAACCGAAAGAUAAGAAGGCUGAGCAGAAGGAAGGCAAACCUGAAGUAGCUCCGAAGGACGUCAAGCCGAAAGAAACUGAGCCCGAGAAACCCAAAGACAAGAAGGCUGAACAGAAGGAGGUGAAACCUGAAGUAGCUCCGAAAGACGUCAAGCCGAAAGAAGCCGAGCCCGAGAAACCGAAAGAUAAGAAGGCUGAGCAGAAGGAGGUGAAACCUGAAGUAGCUCCAAAGGACGUCAAGCCGAAAGAAGCCGAGCCCGAGAAACCGAAAGAUAAGAAGGCUGAGCAGAAAGAAGAAAAACCUGAAGUAGCUCCGAAGGACGUCAAGCCGAAAGAAGCCGAACCCGGGAAACCCAAAGACAAGAAUGCUGAGCAGAAGGAAGGCAAACCUGAAGUAGCUCCGAAGUACGUCAAGCCGAAAGAAGCCGAGCCCGAGAAACCCAAAGACAAGAAGGCGGAAGAGAAAGAGGUGAAACCAGAAGUAGCUCCGAAGGACGUCAAGCCGAAAGAAACUGAGCCCGAGAAACCCAAAGACAAGAAGGCGGAACAGAAGGAAGGCAAACCUGGAGUAGCUCCGAAAGACGUCAAGCCGAAAGAAACUGAGCCCGAGAAACCCAAAGACAAGAAGGCUGAACAGAAGGAGGUGAAACCUGAAGUAGCUCCAAAGGACGUCAAGCCGAAAGAAGCCGAGCCCGAGAAACCCAAAGACAAGAAGGCGAAAGAGAAAGAGGUGAAACCUGAAGUAGCUCCGAAGGACGUCAAGCCGAAUGAAACUGAGCCCGAGAAACCCAAAGACAAGAAGGCUGAACAGAAGGAGGUGAAACCUGAAGUAGCUCCGAAGGACGUCAAGCCGAAAGAAGCCGAGCCCGAGAAACCGAAAGAUAAGAAGGCUGAACAGAAGGAGGUAAAACCUGAAGCAGCUCCGAAGCACGUCAAGCCGAAAGAAGUCGAGCCCGAGAAACCCAAAGACAAGAAGGCUGAGCAGAAGGAGGUGAAACCUGAAGUAGCUCCGAAGGACGUCAAGCCGAAAGAAGCCGAGCCCGAGAAACCGAAAGAUAAGAAGGCUGAGCAGAAGGAAGGCAAACCUGAAGUAGCUCCGAAGGACGUCAAGCCAAAAGAAGCCGAGCCCGAGAAACCCAAAGACAAGAAGGCUGAGCAGAAGGAAGGCAAACCUGAAGUAGCUCCGAAGGACGUCAAGCCGAAAGAAGCCGAGCCCGAGAAACCGAAAGAUAAGAAGGCUGAACAGAAGGAGGUGAAACCUGAAGUAGCUCCAAAGGACGUCAAGCCGAAAGAAGCCGAGCCCGAGAAACCGAAAGAUAAGAAGGCUGAGCAGAAAGAAGACAAACCUGAAGUAGCUCCGAAGGACGUCAAGCCGAAAGAAGCCGAGCCCGAGAAACCCAAAGACAAGAAUGCUGAGCAGAAGGAAGGCAAACCUGAAGUAGCUCCGAAGGACGUCAAGCCGAAAGAAGUCGAGCCCGAGAAACCGAAAGAUAAGAAGGCUGAGCAGAAGGAAGGCAAACCUGAAGUAGCUCCGAAGGACGUCAAGCCGAAAGAAGCCGAGCCCGAGAAACCGAAAGAUAAGAAGGCUGAGCAGAAGGAAGGCAAACCUGAACUAGCUCCGAAGGACGUCAAGCCGAAAGAAGCCGAGCCCGAGAAACCGAAAGAGAAGAAGGCUGAACAGAAGGAGGUGAAACCUGAAGUAGCUCCGAAGGACGUCAAGCCGAAAGAAACUGAGCCCGAGAAACCCAAAGACAAGAAGGCUGAACAGAAGGAGGUGAAACCUGAAGUAGCUCCGAAAGACGUCAAGCCGAAAGAAGCCGAGCCCGAGAAACCGAAAGAUAAGAAGGCUGAGCAGAAGGAGGUGAAACCUGAAGUAGCUCCAAAGGACGUCAAGCCGAAAGAAGCCGAGCCCGAGAAACCGAAAGAUAAGAAGGCUGAGCAGAAAGGAGGUAAAAACCUGAAGUAGUCUCGAAGGACGUCAAGCCGAAAGAAAGCUGAGCCCGAGAAACCCAAAGACAAGAAGGCUGAACAGAAGGAGGUGAAACCUGAAGUAGCUCCGAAAGGACGUCAAGCCGAAAGAAGCCGAGCCCGAGAAACCCGAAAAGACAAGAAGGCUGAACAGAAGGAGGUGCAAACCUGAAGUAGCUCCGAAGGACGUCAAGCCGAAAGAAGCCGAGCCCGAGAAACCCGAAAAGACAAGAAGGCUGAAGCAGAAAGGAGGUGAAAACCUGAAGUAGCUCCGAAGGACGUCAAGCCGAAAGAAAGCCGAGCCCGAGAAACCCAAAAGACAAGAAGGCUGAACAGAAGGAAGGCAAACCUGAAGUAGCUCUGAAAGGACGUCAAGCCGAAAGAAAGCCGAGCCCGAGAAACCCGAAAGACAAGAAGGCUGAACAGAAGGAGGUGAAAACCUGAAGUAGCUCCGAAAGGACGUCAAGCCGAAAGAAGCCGAGCCCGAGAAACCCGAAAGACAAGAAGGCUGAACAGAAGGAGGUGAAACCUGAAGUAGCUCCGAAGGACGUCAAGCCGAAAGAAGCCGAGCCCGAGAAACCGAAAGAUAAGAAGGCUGAACAGAAGGAGGUGAAACCUGAAGUAGCUCCGAAGGACGUCAAGCCGAAAGAAGCCGAGCCCGAGAAACCGAAAGAUAAGAAGGCUGAACAGAAGGAGGUGAAACCUGAAGUAGCUCCAAAGGACGUCAAGCCGAAAGAAGCCGAGCCCGAGAAACCGAAAGAUAAGAAGGCUGAGCAGAAAGAGGUGAAACUGGAUGUAGCUCCGAAGGACGUCAAGCCGAAAGAAGCCGAGCCCGAGAAACCGAAAGAUAAGAAGGCUGAACAGAAGGAGGUAAAACCUGAAGCAGCUCCGAAGGACGUCAAGCCGAAAGAAGUCGAGCCCGAGAAACCGAAAGAUAAGAAGGCUGAGCAGAAGGAAGGCAAACCUGAAGUAGCUCCGAAGGACGUCAAGCCAAAAGAAGCCGAGCCCGAGAAACCCAAAGACAAGAAGGCUGAGCAGAAGGAAGGCAAACCUGAAGUAGCUCCGAAGGACGUCAAGCCGAAAGAAGCCGAGCCCGAGAAACCGAAAGAGAAGAAGGCUGAACAGAAGGAGGUGAAACCUGAAGUAGCUCCGAAGGACGUCAAGCCGAAAGAAGCCGAGCCCGAGAAACCGAAAGAUAAGAAGGCUGAACAGAAGGAGGUGAAACCUGAAGUAGCUCCAAAGGACGUCAAGCCGAAAGAAGCCGAGCCCGAGAAACCGAAAGAUAAGAAGGCUGAACAGAAGGAGGUGAAACCUGAAGUAGCUCCGAAGGACGUCAAGCCGAAAGAAGCCGAGCCCGAGAAACCGAAAGAUAAGAAGGCUGAACAGAAGGAGGUGAAAACCUGAAGUAGCUCCGAAGGACGUCAAGCCGAAAGAAGCCGAGCCCGAGAAACCCGAAAGACAAGAAGGCUGAACAGAAGGAGGUGAAAACCUGAAGUAGCUCCGAAGGACGUCAAGCCGAAAGAAGCCGAGCCCGAGAAACCCGAAAGAUAAGAAGGCUGAACAGAAGGAGGUGCAAACCUGAAGUAGCUCCGAAGGACGUCAAGCCGAAAGAAGCCGAGCCCGAGAAACCCGAAAAGACAAGAAGGCUGAACAGAAGGAGGUGAAACCUGAAGUAGCUCCGAAGGACGUCAAGCCGAAAGAAGCCGAGCCCGAGAAACCGAAAGAUAAGAAGGCUGAACAGAAGGAGGUGAAACCUGAAGUAGCUCCGAAGGACGUCAAGCCGAAAGAAGCCGAGCCCGAGAAACCGAAAGAUAAGAAGGCUGAACAGAAGGAGGUGAAACCUGAAGUAGCUCCAAAGGACGUCAAGCCGAAAGAAGCCGAGCCCGAGAAACCGAAAGAUAAGAAGGCUGAACAGAAGGAGGUCAAAACCUGAAGUAGCUCCGAAAGGACGUCAAGCCGAAAGAAGCCGAGCCCGAGAAACCCGAAAAGACAAGAAGGCUGAGCAGAAGGAGGCGAAACCUGAAGUAGCUCCGAAGGACGUCAAGCCGAAAAGAAAGCCGAGCCCGAGAAACCCGAAAGACAAGAAGGCUGAACAGAAGGAGGUGAAAACCUGAAGUAGCUCCGAAAGGACGUCAAGCCGAAAGAAGCCGAGCCCGAGAAACCCGAAAGACAAGAAGGCUGAACAGAAGGAGGUGAAACCUGAAGUAGCUCCGAAAGGACGUCAAGCCGAAAGAAGCUGAGCCCGAGAAACCCGAAAGACAAGAAGGCUGAACAGAAGGAGGUGAAAACCUGAAGUAGCUCCGAAGGACGUCAAGCCGAAAGAAAGCCGAGCCCGAGAAACCCAAAGACAAGAAGGCUGAACAGAAGGAGGUGAAACCUGAAGUAGCUCCGAAGGACGUCAAGCCGAAAGAAGCCGAGCCCGAGAAACCGAAAGACAAGAAGGCUGAACAGAAGGAGGUGAAACCUGAAGUAGCUCCGAAGGACGUCAAGCCGAAAAGAAAGCCGAGCCCGAGAAACCCAAAGACAAGAAGGCUGAACAGAAGGAGGUGAAAACCUGAAGUAGCUCCGAAGGACGUCAAGCCGAAAGAAGCCGAGCCCGAGAAACCCGAAAAGACAAGAAGGCUGAACAGAAGGAGGUGAAAACCUGAAGUAGCUCCGAAGGACGUCAAGCCGAAAGAAAGCCGAGCCCGAGAAACCGAAAGACAAGAAGGCUGAACAGAAGGAGGUGAAACCUGAAGUAGCUCCAAAGGACGUCAAGCCGAAAGAAGCCGAGCCUGAGAAACCGAAAGACAAGAAGGCUGAACAGAAGGAGGUGAAAACCUGAAGUAGCUCCGAAAGGACGUCAAGCCGAAAGAAAGCCGAGCCCGAGAAACCCGAAAGACAAGAAGGCUGAACAGAAGGAGGUGAAAACCUGAAGUAGCUCCGAAGGACGUCAAGCCGAAAGAAAGCCGAGCCCGAGAAACCCGAAAGACAAGAAGGCUGGAACAGAAGGAGGUGAAACCUGAAGUAGCUCCGAAGGACGUCAAGCCGAAAAGAAGCCGAGCCCGAGAAACCGAAAAGACAAGAAGGCUGAACAGAAGGAGGUGAAACCUGAAGUAGCUCCGAAAGGACGUCAAGCCGAAAGAAAGCCGAGCCCGAGAAACCCGAAAGACACGAAGGCUGAACAGAAGGAGGUGAAACCUGAAGUAGCUCCGAAGGACGUCAAGCCGAAAGAAACCGAGCCCGAGAAACCCAAAGACAAGAAGGUUGAACAGAAGGAGGUUAAACCUGAAGUAGCUCCGAAGGACGUCAAGCCGAAAGAAAGCCGAGCCCGAGAAACCCAAAGACAAGAAGGCUGAACAGAAGGAGGUGAAACCUGAAGUAGCUCCGAAGGACGUCAAGCCGAAAGAAAGCUGAGCCCGAGAAACCCAAAGACAAGAAGGCUGAACAGAAGGAGGUGAAACCUGAAGUAGCUCCGAAGGACGUCAAGCCGAAAGAAAGCCGAGCCCGAGAAACCCGAAAAGACAAGAAGGCUGAACAGAAGGAGGUGAAACCUGAAGUAGCUCCAAAGGACGUCAAGCCGAAAGAAACCGAGCCCGAGAAACCCAAAGACAAGAAGGCGGAAGAGAAAGAGGUGAAACCUGAAGUAGCUCCAAAGGACGUCAAGCCGAAAGAAACCGAGCCCGAGAAACCCAAAGACAAGAAGGUUGAACAGAAGGAGGUUAAACCUGAAGUAGCUCCAAAGGACGUCAAGCCGAAAGAAACUGAGCCCGAGAAACCCAAAGACACGAAGGCUGAACAGAAGGAGGUGAAACCUGAAGUAGCUCCGAAGGACGUCAAGCCGAAAGAAACCGAGCCCGAGAAACCCAAAGACAAGAAGGCUGAACAGAAGGAGGUGAAACCUGAAGUAGCUCCGAAGGACGUCAAGCCGAAAGAAGCCGAGCCCGAGAAACCGAAAGACAAGAAGGCUGAACAGAAGGAGGUGAAACCUGAAGUAGCUCCAAAGGACGUCAAGCCGAAAGAAACUGAGCCCGAGAAACCCAAAGACACGAAGGCUGAACAGAAGGAGGUGAAACCUGAAGUAGCUCCGAAGGACGUCAAGCCGAAAGAAACCGAGCCCGAGAAACCCAAAGACAAGAAGGUUGAACAGAAGGAGGUUAAACCUGAAGUAGCUCCAAAGGACGUCAAGCCGAAAGAAACCGAGCCCGAGAAACCCAAAGACAAGAAGGCGGAAGAGAAAGAGGUGAAACCUGAAGUAGCUCCAAAGGACGUCAAGCCGAAAGAAACCGAGCCCGAGAAACCCAAAGACAAGAAGGUUGAACAGAAGGAGGUUAAACCUGAAGUAGCUCCAAGGACGUCAAGCCGAAAGAAAGCUCGAGCCCGAGAAACCCAAAGACAAGAAGGCUGAACAGAAGGAGGUGAAACCUGAAGUAGCUCCGAAGGACGUCAAGCCGAAAGAAACCGAGCCCGAGAAACCCAAAGACAAGAAGGUUGAACAGAAGGAGGUUAAACCUGAAGUAGCUCCGAAGGACGUCAAGCCGAAACAAGCCGAGCCCGAGAAACCGAAAGACAAGAAGGCUGAACAGAAGGAGGUGAAACCUGAAGUAGCUCCAAAGGACGUCAAGCCGAAAGAAACUGAGCCCGAGAAACCCAAAGACACGAAGGCUGAACAGAAGGAGGUGAAACCUGAAGUAGCUCCGAAGGACGUCAAGCCGAAAGAAACCGAGCCCGAGAAACCCAAAGACAAGAAGGUUGAACAGAAGGAGGUUAAACCUGAAGUAGCUCCAAAGGACGUCAAGCCGAAAAAAGCCGAGCCCGAGAAACACAAAGACAAGAAGGCGGAAGAGAAAGAGGUGAAACCUGAAGUAGCUGCGAAGGACGUCAAGCCGAAAGAAACCGAGCCCGAGAAACCCAAAGACAAGAAGGUUGAACAGAAGGAGGUGAAACCUGAAGUAGCUCCGAAGGACGUCAAGCCGAAAGAAAGCCGAGCCCGAGAAACCCGAAAAGACAAGAAGGCUGAACAGAAGGAGGUGAAACCUGAAGUAGCUCCGAAAGGACGUCAAGCCGAAAGAAACCGAGCCCGAGAAACCCAAAGACAAGAAGGCUGAACAGAAGGAGGUGAAAACCUGAAGUAGCUCCGAAGGACGUCAAGCCGAAAGAAAGCCGAGCCCGAGAAACCCGAAAGACAAGAAGGCUGAACAGAAGGAGGUGAAACCUGAAGUAGCUCCGAAAGGACGUCAAGCCGAAAGAAAGCCGAGCCCGAGAAACCCAAAGACAAGAAGGCUGAACAGAAGGAGGUGAAACCUGAAGUAGCUCCGAAGGACGUCAAGCCGAAAGAAAGCCGAGCCCGAGAAACCCAAAGACAAGAAGGCUGAACAGAAGGAGGUGAAACCUGAAGUAGCUCCGAAGGACGUCAAGCCGAAAGAAAGCCGAGCCCGAGAAACCCAAAGACAAGAAGGCUGAACAGAAGGAGGUGAAACCUGAAGUAGCUCCGAAGGACGUCAAGCCGAAAGAAAGCCGAGCCCGAGAAACCCAAAGACAAGAAGGCUGAACAGAAGGAGGUGAAACCUGAAGUAGCUCCGAAAGGACGUCAAGCCGAAAGAAAGCCGAGCCCGAGAAACCCAAAGACAAGAAGGCUGAACAGAAGGAGGUGAAAACCUGAAGUAGCUCCGAAAGGACGUCAAGCCGAAAGAAAGCCGAGCCUGAGAAACCCAAAGACAAGAAGGCUGAACAGAAGGAGGUGAAAACCUGAAGUAGCUCCGAAGGACGUCAAGCCGAAAGAAGCCGAGCCCGAGAAACCCAAAGACAAGAAGGCUGAACAGAAGGAGGUGAAACCUGAAGUAGCUCCGAAGGACGUCAAGCCGAAAGAAAGCCGAGCCCGAGAAACCCAAAGACAAGAAGGCUGAACAGAAGGAGGUGAAAACCUGAAGUAGCUCCGAAGGACGUCAAGCCGAAAGAAAGCCGAGCCCGAGAAACCCGAAAAGACAAGAAGGCUGGAACAGAAGGAGGUGAAACCUGAAGUAGCUCCGAAAGGACGUCAAGCCGAAAGAAAGCCGAGCCCGAGAAACCCAAAGACAAGAAGGCUGAACAGAAGGAGGUGAAACCUGAAGUAGCUCCGAAAGGACGUCAAGCCGAAAGAAAGCCGAGCCCGAGAAACCCAAAGACAAGAAGGCUGAACAGAAGGAGGUGAAACCUGAAGUAGCUCCGAAGGACGUCAAGCCGAAAGAAAGCCGAGCCCGAGAAACCGAAAAGACAAGAAGGCUGAACAGAAGGAGGUGAAACCUGAAGUAGCUCCGAAGGACGUCAAGCCGAAAGAAGCCGAGCCCGAGAAACCGAAAGACAAGAAGGCUGAACAGAAGGAGGUGAAACCUGAAGUAGCUCCGAAGGACGUCAAGCCGAAAGAAGCCGAGCCCGAGAAACCCAAAGACAAGAAGGCUGAACAGAAGGAGGUGAAACCUGAAGUAGCUCCGAAGGACGUCAAGCCGAAAGAAGCCGAGCCCGAGAAACCGAAAGACAAGAAGGCUGAACAGAAGGAGGUGAAACCUGAAGUAGCUCCGAAGGACGUCAAGCCGAAAGAAGCCGAGCCCGAGAAACCCAAAGACAAGAAGGCUGAACAGAAGGAGGUGAAACCUGAAGUAGCUCCGAAGGACGUCAAGCCGAAAGAAGCCGAGCCUGAGAAACCCGAAAGACAAGAAGGCUGAACAGAAGGAGGUGAAAACCUGAAGUAGCUCCGAAGGACGUCAAGCCGAAAGAAGCCGAGCCCGAGAAACCCAAAGACAAGAAGGCUGAACAGAAGGAGGUGAAACCUGAAGUAGCUCCGAAGGACGUCAAGCCGAAAGAAGCCGAGCCCGAGAAACCCAAAGACAAGAAGGCGGAACAGAAGGAAGGCAAACCUGAAGUAGCUCCGAAGGACGUCAAGCCGAAAGAAACUGAGCCCGAGAAACCCAAAGACAAGAAGGCUGAACAGAAGGAGGUGAAACCUGAAGUAGCUCCGAAAGACGUCAAGCCGAAAGAAGCCGAGCCCGAGAAACCCAAAGACAAGAAAGCGGAACAGAAGGAAGACAAACCUGAAGUAGCACCGAAGGACGUCAAGCCGAAAGAAGCCGAGCCCGAGAAACCGAAAGAUAAGAAGGCUGAGCAGAAGGAGGUGAAACCUGAAGUAGCUCCGAAGGACGUCAAGCCGAAAGAAGCCGAGCCCGAGAAACCGAAAGACAAGAAGGCUGAGCAGAAAGAGGUGAAACCUGAAGUAGCUCCGAAGGACGUCAAGCCGAAAGAAGCCGAGCCCGAGAAACCCAAAGACAAGAAGGCUGAACAGAAGGAGGUGAAACCUGAAGUAGCUCCGAAGGACGUCAAGCCGAAAGAAGCCGAGCCCGAGAAACCCAAAGACAAGAAGGCUGAACAGAAGGAGGUGAAACCUGAAGUAGCUCCGAAGGACGUCAAGCCGAAAGAAGCCGAGCCCGAGAAACCCAAAGACAAGAAGGCGGAACAGAAGGAAGACAAACCUGAAGUAGCUCCGAAGGACGUCAAGCCGAAAGAAGCCGAGCCCGAGAAACCCAAAGACAAGAAGGCGGAACAGAAGGAGGUGAAACCUGAAGUAGCUCCGAAGGACGUCAAGCCGAAAGAAGCCGAGCCCGAGAAACCCAAAAGACAAGAAGGCUGAGCAGAAGGAGGUGAAACCUGAAGUAGCUCCAAAGGACGUCAAGCCGAAAGAAGCCGAGCCCGAGAAACCGAAAGAUAAGAAGGCUGAGCAGAAAGAAGACAAACCUGAAGUAGCUCCGAAGGACGUCAAGCCGAAAGAAGCCGAGCCCGAGAAACCCAAAGACAAGAAGGCUGAACAGAAGGAGGUGAAACCUGAAGUAGCUCCAAAGGACGUCAAGCCGAAAGAAGCCGAGCCCGAGAAACCCAAAGACAAGAAGGCGGAACAGAAGGAAGACAAACCUGAAGUAGCUCCGAAGGACGUCAAGCCGAAAGAAGCCGAGCCCGAGAAACCGAAAGAUAAGAAGGCUGAACAGAAGGAGGUGAAACCUGAAGUAGCUCCGAAGGACGUCAAGCCGAAAGAAGCCGAGCCCGAGAAACCGAAAGAUAAGAAGGCUGAGCAGAAAGAGGUGAAACCUGAAGUAGCUCCGAAGGACGUCAAGCCGAAAGAAGCCGAGCCCGAGAAACCGAAAGACAAGAAGGCUGAGCAGAAAGAGGUGAAACCUGAAGUAGCUCCGAAGGACGUCAAGCCGAAAGAAGCCGAGCCCGAGAAACCCAAAGACAAGAAGGCGGAACAGAAGGAAGACAAACCUGAAGUAGCUCCGAAGGACGUCAAGCCGAAAGAAGCCGAGCCCGAGAAACCCAAAGACAAGAAGGCUGAGCAGAAGGAGGUGAAACCUGAAGUAGCUCCAAAGGACGUCAAGCCGAAAGAAGCCGAGCCCGAGAAACCCAAAGACAAGAAAGCGGAACAGAAGGAAGACAAACCUGAAGUAGCACCGAAGGACGUCAAGCCGAAAGAAGCCGAGCCCGAGAAACCCAAAGACAAGAAGGCUGAACAGAAGGAGGUGAAACCUGAAGUAGCUCCGAAGGACGUCAAGCCGAAAGAAGCCGAGCCCGAGAAACCGAAAGAUAAGAAGGCUGAGCAAAAGGAAGACAAACCUGAAGUAGCUCCGAAGGACGUCAAGCCGAAAGAAGCCGAGCCCGAGAAACCGAAAGAUAAGAAGGCUGAGCAAACGGAAGACAAACCUGAAGUAGCUCCGAAGGACGUCAAGCCGAAAGAAGCCGAGCCCGAGAAACCCAAAGACAAGAAGGCUGAACAGAAGGAGGUGAAACCUGAAGUAGCUCCAAAGGACGUCAAGCCGAAAGAAGCCGAGCCCGAGAAACCCAAAGACAAGAAGGCGGAACAGAAGGAAGACGAACCUGAAGUAGCUCCGAAGGACGUCAAGCCGAAAGAAGCCGAGCCCGAGAAACCGAAAGAUGAGAAGGCUGAACAGAAGGAGGUGAAACCUGAAGUAGCUCCGAAGGACGUCAAGCCGAAAGAAGCCGAGCCCGAGAAACCGAAAGAUGAGAAGGCUGAACAGAAGGAGGUGAAACCUGAAGUAGCUCCGAAGGACGUCAAGCCGAAAGAAGCCGAGCCUGAGAAACCGAAGGAUAAGAAGGCUGAGCAGAAGCAGGUGAAACCUGAAGUAGCUCCGAAGGACGUCAAGCCGAAAGAAGCCGAGCCCGAGAAACCGAAAGACAAGAAGGCUGAGCAGAAAGAGGUGAAACCUGAAGUAGCUCCGAAGGACGUCAAGCCGAAAGAAGCCGAGCCCGAGAAACCCAAAGACAAGAAGGCGGAACAGAAGGAAGACAAACCUGAAGUAGCUCCGAAGGACGUCAAGCCGAAAGAAGGCGAGCCCGAAAAACCGAAAGACAAGAAGGUUGAACAGAAGGAGGUGAAACCUGAAGUGGCUCCAAAGGACGUCAAGCCGAAAGAAGCCGAGCCCGAGAAACCGAAAGACAAGAAGGCUGAGCAGAAAGAGGUGAAACCUGAAGUAGCUCCGAAGGACGUCAAGCCGAAAGAAGCCGAGCCCGAGAAACCGAAAGAUAAGAAGGCUGAGCAGAAGGAAGGCAAACCUGAAGUAGCUCCGAAGGACGUCAAGCCGAAAGAAGCCGAGCCCGAGAAACCGAAAGACAAGAAGGUUGAACAGAAGGAGGUGAAACCUGAAGUGGCUCCAAAGGACGUCAAGCCGAAAGAAGCCGAGCCCGAGAAACCGAAAGACAAGAAGGCUGAGCAGAAAGAGGUGAAACCUGAAGUAGCUCCGAAGGACGUCAAGCCGAAAGAAGCCGAGCCCGAGAAACCGAAAGAUAAGAAGGCUGAGCAGAAGGAAGGCAAACCUGAAGUAGCUCCGAAGGACGUCAAGCCGAAAGAAGCCGAGCCCGAGAAACCGGAAGACAAGAAGGCUGAUCGAAAGCAAAUCGAAAUGUCGUGUGACGCGUUUUUGCGUUCCAAACGUCAAGAAAACAGCGGUCUAAUAAUCAGCCUUGUUUUGUCUGUCAACGAGUCGGCUGAGUGCGCUCUCAGGGAAAAAACUUCAUGUAAUAAAGUUACGCUCGAUUUCGGUUUCCAUUCGAAAGCCAAAUUAGAAAAAGUUUCAAAACUAGUUUUUCCUUUCGAAAAAUGUGGCAUCUCUCUAGAAGAGCCCUACACGUUAGAAGUUUAUUGUGAAGCUGCGUUUGUGAAACAAAGGACUGAAAAAAUAGGCAUAGGUAUCAUCUUCGAAGGAAGUACAGCGAAAAACGGUAAACGACCGGAUGAUUUGAAACUUGACGGUCAGUAGACCUUACUCUUUUUUCUGCUUGAUCACAAAAUUUGCAGGAUGUCAUUUGACUGAUGUUUCUGAUGGUUUGGCUGUUCUGAGUCCUCCGCCAAAAUCCAAGAAGCAGCACAAAAAAAAGAAGAAGCAGCCCAAGGAAAAAGUUGCUAAGUUCUUUAGACAUAAGUCUAAGAUGAUUCAUUUAGAUCGAAAUCAAACAAGCUCAGGAAGAAUCACUCGCGACGCCUCCCACUUACUUGAAACCUGAAGUUACAAACGUUGAAAGAAAAAGGACAAACUCAGGUGCCUCAAAGUAGUAUAGAAAACCUUAAUUAUCGCACAAAAAAUAGACAAAAAAGGGAUUAUUACAAAUGGGCAGAAAACGUUGGCGUCGAGCAUAUUCAUUCAAGAGUUCACAGAUUUGUAUUCAAUCAAUUUGGUUUAAAUAUCAACUUCUAUUUCUUCUCCCACACAAAACAUUUUUUCUUCACAGGUGGGGUUUAGUGAUCCACCUAGUUCUUUUUCCUUUCCUGCAACAUCACCAUACCACCCCGAUGUUGCGAAAAAUAAAGUGAAAAAAAUUCACCUUCCUAUAAAUAAAAAAAGUAAGCCUGAAAAAAAUUCGAACGGCUCCAGGCGGUGCCAUUUCGAACGACUGAGUCGAAUCCCAAAUAGGGGCAAUCAAUCUUUCUUCUCCAAAAAAGUCAUUGAUUUUUAUAUACAGGAAGCAGCGACAUAUUCGUUGAAGUAGAGAUCGAAGCUGGAGAAGAGGUCGUGCACACGGACGCUCUUGUCGACCUGAACUUCUACGACUACGAUCAGAUGGAGCUGAGCAUUUUCGAGGAGGAGGAAGAAGAGACGGACGACGAAUCUUCGAUUGAAGUCGAUGUCGUCAUGAAUAAUGUGCCGCAGAUCGAUGAGCUUGACAUCUAUCCGCCACCAUCUCACGAGGUUGAAACGGAAGAUUUCUUUGAUUUCCAACUGUGUAUGUUUUCCUGGAUGAGAAGAAGCACAACUUCUCAUUCAAACUUCUCAGACAUCAUUCAUUGAAUUCAAUUCUUCCCAAUAUCGCAAUAGAUUGUCGAAAAUAUUUUCUGCAUAUCAAGUUUUGAAGCUCGCUCCUUUCAUUUAGGUCCCCGAAAGGCUAUACUCCAUUUUUCUCGGAGUGAAUCGAAACCUACACAUCAACUUUUACAUUAAAAAUGUUUUUUUUUUUCCAGGAGGUUGAGCGUCAUGUGAAAAUGCCGGAUGAGAGUAUAGUCAAGAAACAAGAAGUUGAAGAAAUUGACUUCUUUUUCGAAGCCAGUGACCAGCAACAAAUUUCAUUGACGGUCACAAGUAAGUAUAUAAACUUUUAAAAAUUAAAUGAACCCUUCGAAUUAUUUAGAAGAGCCUGUAGAGGACGAGACGGCCGAACAGUCCAUUUUGGAGCAGCCGCGGUCACAAGCCGUCGAGAACGUCGAAGAUAAAAUUCUACUUCGGUGCGAGACAAGCCGAACCAUCAGAAGUGUGCGAUGGUUCCGAAGCGGCAUGCUCAUUUCAGAAGACGAGCAAACUGAAAUUAGAACCAUCGGACGUGAGACGACGCUGUUUCUGAAGAAGUUCUUGCCCCAGAUGCAAGGAAAAUAUCACGUCGUGAUUGAUGAUAGCAUCGGCAGCUCUCCAGCAACUCUUUUUGGUCCCAUCGCACCCAACAUCUCGAACAAGUCUGUUAUUUAAUGGUUUUUUCAACUCAAUUUGAAUAUUCAGAAUCUCGAAGUCGCUCACACAUCAAGCUGGGAAAUCGUUCUACUACAAAAUCAACUACACAGGCGUUCCGGCUCCUCGACUUAAAGUACUUUGCAACGGGCAGCCGACAUCGCUGCUAGUUGAGUACGAAGUUUAUGACGACUAUAUUUCUGUGAAACUUCCGAAAAUGCAACGGUCAAAUCAAGGAGAAUACACCUUUUUGCUUGAAAAUAAGUAUGGGAAAGAUCACCUCACUUUCAAUAUCACAAUGGUGGACACUCCUUUGAAGCCAAGAAAAGCGCAGUUAGUUCGGGUCAGUGACAGCACAGCCACUAUUCGCUGGCUCAGUCCACAUGGAGGAGAAAAAGAUAUCCUCCACUACCUCAUACAACGUAAAACAACCGAAAGCCACCGUUGGAGGAACAUCAGCAAGGUUAAUGAGAAGACUUACACUGCUGUCGAACUUGUCCCCAAUGAAUUCUAUGCGUUCCGGAUCAUUGCGGUGAAUUCGUUCGGAGAAAGUGCACCUAGCGAGAUCAUUGAGGUCAACACGCUCUUAGAAGAACAGGAAAACUUCCUCGAAUUCAUUACCGAAGACGAAGACAACGAAACCAAUAAAACAGCUCUUCAGAUUACCGAAUUGGAGAAAGAAAAGAGAAUAGAAGAAAUGAUAUCUAAUGAACAUACUACCAUCGAAAAAAAAAGCGAAGAAAGCUCUAAGUCUCACGCAGAGUCCACUCUACACUCAGUUGUAGAAAUUCCAGUAAUGUUGGAAGAAGCAGAAUCAAAAGAAAAAUCUGCUGCAGAGAAACGGUCUGAGACACCUGAACCCGUUACUGAAGUCAGAGAAGUCGUUGAAGUAACAAAAGAAAUUUCUGAAGAAGCCAUUGAAAUAAAGAAGAUGGCUGAUAAAACUCUCAAGAAAGCAAAAGAAACUUUUAAAGAUGACGAGAAAGCUCUCGAAAAAGCUGAGGAUGCUUCUGAAUUUGAAAAGGCUCCAGGAAAAGUAAAACACACAAUCAAAAAAGUUGCAGAAGAAAACAAAGCAGUGUCUGCCAUGGAGGAUGCUAAGAAAGCACCGGAAGAAGUUGAAAAAGUUCCCGAAGAGGCUGCCAAGCCAAAGACUAUGCGAAAAGACUCAAAGGUUAAGCCUGAAGACACUAAGGCUGCCAAGAAAAAGGAUGAAGUCAAGCCGGCAGAACCACCAGUGGAUGACAAGAAAGUGCUGCAGGAUGCUAAGAAAGCACCGGAAGAAGUUGAAAAAGUUCCCGAAGAGGCUGCCAAGCCAAAGACUUUGCGAAAAGACUCAAAGGUUAAGCCUGAAGACACUAAGGCUGCCAAGAAAAAGGAUGAAGUCAAGCCGGCAGAACCACCAGUGGAUGACAAGAAAGUGCUGCAGGAUGCUAAGAAAGCACCGGAAGAAGUUGAAAAAGUUCCCGAAGAGGCUGCCAAGCCAAAGACUAUGCGAAAAGACUCAAAGGUUAAGCCUGAAGACACUAAGGCUGCCAAGAAAAAGGAUGAAGUCAAGCCGGCAGAACCACCAGUGGAUGACAAGAAAGUGCUGCAGGAUGCUAAGAAAGCACCGGAAGAAGUUGAAAAAAAGUUCCCGAAGAGGCUGCCAAAGCCAAAGACUUUGCGAAAAAGACUCAAAGGUUAAGCCUGAAGACACUAAGGCUGCCAAGAAAAAGGAUGAAGUCAAGCCGGCAGAACCACCAGUGGAUGACAAGAAAGUGCUGCAGGAUGCUAAGAAAGCACCGGAAGAAGUUGAAAAAGUUCCCGAAGAGGCUGCCAAGCCAAAGACUUUGCGAAAAGACUCAAAGGUUAAGCCUGAAGACACUAAGGCUGCCAAGAAAAAGGAUGAAGUCAAGCCGGCAGAACCACCAGUGGAUGACAAGAAAGUGCUGCAGGAUGCUAAGAAAGCACCGGAAGAAGUUGAAAAAGUUCCCGAAGAGGCUGCCAAGCCAAAGACUUUGCGAAAAGACUCAAAGGUCAAGCCUGAAGACACUAAGGCUGCCAAGAAAAAGGAUGAAGUCAAGCCGGCAGAACCACCAGUGGAUGACAAGAAAGUGCUGCAGGAUGCUAAGAAAGCACCGGAAGAAGUUGAAAAAGUUCCCGAAGAGGCUGCCAAGCCAAAGACUAUGCGAAAAGACUCAAAGGUUAAGCCUGAAGACACUAAGGCUGCCAAGAAAAAGGAUGAAGUCAAGCCGGCAGAACCACCAGUGGAUGACAAGAAAGUGCUGCAGGAUGCUAAGAAAGCACCGGAAGAAGUUGAAAAAGUUCCCGAAGAGGCUGCCAAGCCAAAGACUUUGCGAAAAGACUCAAAGGUUAAGCCUGAAGACACUAAGGCUGCCAAGAAAAAGGAUGAAGUCAAGCCGGCAGAACCCCCAGUGGAUGACAAGAAAGUGCUGCAGGAUGCUAAGAAAGCACCGGAAGAAGUUGAAAAAGUUCCCGAAGAGGCUGCCAAGCCAAAGACUUUGCGAAAAGACUCAAAGGUCAAGCCUGAAGACACUAAGGCUGCCGAGAAGAAGGAUGAAGUCAAGCCGGCAGAACCACCAGUGGAUGACAAGAAAGUGCUGCAGGAUGCUAAGAAAGCACCGGAAGAAGUUGAAAAAGUUCCCGAAGAGGCUGCCAAGCCAAAGACUUUGCGAAAAGACUCAAAGGUCAAGCCUGAAGACACUAAGGCUGCCGAGAAGAAGGAUGAAGUCAAGCCGGCAGAACCACCAGUAGAUGACAAGAAAGUGCUGCAGGAUGCUAAGAAAGCACCGGAAGAAGUUGAAAAAGUUCCCGAAGAGGCUGCCAAGCCAAAGACUUUGCGAAAAGACUCAAAGGUUAAGCCUGAAGACACUAAGGCUGCCGAGAAGAAGGAUGAAGUCAAGCCGGCAGAACCACCAGUGGAUGACAAGAAAGUGCUGCAGGAUGCUAAGAAAGCACCGGAAGAAGUUGAAAAAGUUCCCGAAGAGGCUGCCAAGCCAAAGACUUUGCGAAAAGACUCAAAGGUUAAGCCUGAAGACACUAAGGCUGCCGAGAAGAAGGAUGAAGCCAAGCCGGCAGAACCAGAAGAAACAAAACCAUUAUCUCCAAAAACUGCACAACAGGAAGACAACGAGGAGAGCAGUCCUUUCACAAAGAUGCCAGAGUCGAUAUUGGUGACUGAAUUCGGAUCUAUUGUGCAGUUUGCUUGCCAAUUCGCAAGAAAGCCAAUUUACUUGAAAUGGAUGCGUGACGAGAAGGAUAUUCACAUAUCUUACAAUAAGACAAGUGUCGAGACAACAGAAAACUCAUCAACUUUAACCAUUUCGAACGUUGACAGCGGAGACGUGGGCAACAUUUACGCCUUGUUCAACAGCGAGUUCAAAAGUGACAUCGCGAAACUCGGAUUGCGAGUUCCAUGCAAACUGUCACUCGAUGCCCCACCGCAAGCAGUGAUUGCGGGCAGAAAUCUAGAUUUUGUUGUUAGAACGUCCGCUUAUCCGUCGCCUGAAAUAGACAUGCUACACAAUGGAGAAAGUCUCAGCUUCCGUGCCGACGUCAACAAGUACGACGACUUUGUUUCUUUCCGCUUGAAAAAACUGACAUUGAAAGACAGCGGCUGCGUGACCGUCCACGCCAAAAACGAGCACUCUUCCGAUGAACUGACUAUUCCCAUCAUGGUCAUAGACGUGCCAUCCUGUCCACGAGACUUGACUCCGGUGGACCGCACUCCAUCGAGCAUCACCCUGACCUGGACGGCACCGCGGGAGAUCAAUGGAAGCGACGUCAUUGAAUACCUCGUUGAACGGAAGACCGCUGACUCUUCAAGAUGGCGACAAUCUGGCUCGACGAAUUCUACGACGCUCCGAGUGGAAGGCCUAUUUUCUGACACCGCCUACGUCUUCCGUGUUCAAGCAAUCAAUAGCGCUGGCGCAAGUAGCCCAAGCAGCCUCUUGGAUGUCGAGACGCUAGUCGAAGAACGUAUGUUUUGUUGAAUUUAGAGUUGAAGUUGGGCAGAAGAGAGAUCAAACAGGCGAGUACACGUUGUUGUUUGCGAUGUCGGCUCUCCACGAUCUCGACGCACGCCCCGGCUCAUGCGAUUUUUCCUCUUUUCUCUCCUUUGCGCAUCGUUCUGCUUCCACCGCUUUUCUAUAUUUCCUUUCCGCAACAUUUCGUUCUGUCUCUUAUGAAAAACCUUAAUUCAUCAAAUUAGCUUCUAUGUAGCUCUGCAUUAGGGAAGCGCAGACGUCCACAACCUUUUACUUUAAAACAUGAAAACCCUUUUCCUCUCCCCUCAGAUUCUAAAUGACAGUUUUUUUUUUCGAAUAAAAUGCAAAUUACUCACGCAGCUUUGUUUUCUGUUCCUUUAUCAAAAAUACAAAAUUUUCGAACUUCCGUGUGCCACAAAUCCGUGCUUCAACUUUCAUUUUUCGUUUGCCAAAUAACGCCCUUUCUCAUUUUUCGUCGGCUCUUUCCGUUCACAAUAUUGAUUCAAAUCGUAAAACGCGAGUAUCGAUAAUAAUCCGAAAGUACUUGUAAAGUAGUUUUUUCGAAAACACCAUUCAAACAAAAACUUUGAGGGUACCUAUAUGUUCUAUCAUAACGCCACCCUUUGAUAUCGUUUUUCUUUCCUACCAUCCAACUCGAAACUCUAGCAACUUCAGUCAAUUUACUCAAUCAACGAAAUCAGUCAUUUCUUCUAGAUGAGAUCAUUCACGAUCUAGUGGCAAAAUCUUGCUCUGCUUAUUAACUUCUUACUCGAUAAUUUUGACAUCCCUUGGAGAACGAGGAGAUCCCCAGGGCGGUAAAGCUUUUGUUGAAUCCGCCGCCCACGUCGGUCGGCUGUUGA